AUGUCAAUGUGUAUAAAAAGGCAGAUACCAAUAAUCUUUGAAAAUGCACACUACUUAAUUGUCAAUAAACCGCCUGGCAUACCUUCUCAACCGCCAGACACAAGAACGUGGGGGAGAACACAUCCUGGCCUUGAUCCGACCCCUCUAUUAGAUAGAUUCAAAACCAUCUAUUGCUCAUAUAAACAGGUGGAAUUAUAUCGGACCGUACAUAGGUUAGACCACUGUGUAACUGGGGGGAUGCUGAUUGCAAAGACUAAGGACGCUAGUAUAAAGUUCUCUAGAUUUUUACAAAAAGGCGGUAAUAAGGGUUAUAAGUUGCUAAGAAAGUACGUUGCCAUUGUCGAACGACCCAGUUGUCUUGAUAAAAGAUUUAAUGAUCAAGUUAAUAAUGGCUCACAUUAUAACUCGUUGGUUUCCCAUGAUGGUAGACAGAUUACUAAGUUCAAGUUGAUAGACGAACAAUGUAUUGUUUUACAAUUGGUAACAGGAAAAAAGCACCAGAUUCGGCAGCAUCUCUCUCAAAUUUUGAAUCAACCAAUAUUGAAUGACCAGAAAUAUGGUAGCACGAGUAAAUUAACAACACCUUUUAAGGAUCAAAUAGCAUUGCAUUCUGCAUGCAUCAUCACAAAAAUUGGCCUGCAAACCCAGACUCAUUUAAUACCCAUGAAAUUCAAUAAUACUGGCAAACUUUGGUCAAGGAGAUACGUCAAUGAAGAAGGUGAAUUCAUUUCCCAAAUAAAAGACGUCCUUAUAGAGAACUGGGAUUGA